UCCAUCAACCUGGUUGUGACAGUCAGAUCAUGAUGGAGAAGCUGGGGAUCUUGGUAGCCUUUGCUGUGCUUCUCGAGUCAGUCUCUGCGGCCUCCCUCGGGGUGGUGUACACCGAGGCAGGGAUGGUGGAGGGCGAGAACAUUCGUCUGGGGUUUAACCGUCGCAUGGACGUCUUCAGGGGGAUUCCCUUCGCUGACGUCCCCGGACGGUUCGAGAAGCCAAAACCUCACCCCGGCUGGGACGGUGUCAUGAAGGCCAAGGAGUACAAGCAGAGAUGCACCCAGGUGAACAUGAUGAUGAGCGACACCAGAGGCAGUGAGGACUGUCUUUACCUGAACAUCUGGGUUCCUCAUGGCAAACAAGUGUCCUCUGGGCUGCCCACAAUGAUCUGGAUCUUUGGGGGAGGCUUCCUGGCCGGAGGGUCGAUGGGUGCUAACUUCCUGGACAACUAUCUGUACAGCGGGCAGGAGUUGGCGGACAGAGGAAACGUUGUUGUGGUGACGCUGGCAUACCGUGUCGGCACGCUGGGUUUCCUGAGCACCGGAGAUGCUGACUUACCUGGAAACUACGGUCUGUGGGACCAGCAAGCCGCCAUCGCCUGGGUGCACAGGAACAUCCGCUCGUUUGGAGGAGACCCCGACAACAUCACCCUCUUUGGAGAGUCUGCAGGUGGAGCUAGUGUCAGCUUCCAGACUCUCACUCCCCACAACAAAGGGAUGAUCAGGAGAGCCAUCUCCCAGAGUGGCGUCGCCACCACCCCUUGGGCCAUCAACAAGAACCCCCGCAGGUUCGCCGAGGAGAUUGCUCUGAAGGUCGGCUGCCCCACCAAUCACGAAAUGGCUGCCUGUCUGAAGAUGUCUGAUCCUGCGCGGCUUACAUUGGCAGGCGCUCUCGAUAUGACCAGUUCACCCGAUCAUCCCCUUCUUGACAACCUGCUCCUGUCUCCUGUGAUCGACGGCGACUUUUUGCCGGAUGAGCCUUCCAACUUGUUCCACAACGCGGCUGAGAUCGACUACAUCGCUGGAGUCAACGACAUGGACGGACACGUCUUCACCGGUUUAGACGUACCUUCAAUCAACUCCCCCCUGUUGGACACCCCUGUUGAGGACGUGAAGAGGCUCCUGGCCGCGUACACUAAGGAGGGCAAGGCUGCUUUGGACUUUGCUUACUCCACAUACACCUCAGAGUGGGGCUCAAACCCCACCAGGGAAACUAUCAAGAAAACGAUUGUUGCGAUUGGAACGGACUACAUCUUCUUGGUUCCAACUCAGGUCGCCCUCUACCUGCACGCUUCCAAUGCCACAACCGGUCGUACCUACUCUUACCUAUUCUCUGAGCCCAACCGCAUGGGAGGCAUCGCCAAGCCUUACCCCAGCUGGAUGGGAGCCGACCACGCCGAUGACCUCCAGUACAUGUUCGGGAAGCCCUUCAGCUCCCCACUGGGGUACUGGCCUCGCCACCGUGACGUCUCCGGCUAUAUGAUCGCCUACUGGACCAACUUUGCCCACACUGGUGAUCCCAACAUAGGAGAGUCUGGAGUGCCCGUUGCAUGGCCUAAAUUCACCAGCUACGGACAUGAGUACCUGGAGAUCAAUUCUAAGAUGGACCGCAACUAUGUGGGACAGAGGAUGAGACUGCGCUUUGUGCAUUUCUGGACAAGCGUCCUGCCCAACCUGGCCAACGCCAUCCCAGAAUAAAGUAUCAGAUAAACCUGCAUGAAAAAAUAAAUGGAUGGUAAAUGCGA